CUGCCACUUGUGUGUCCAUCGGUUUCCGUACCGUCCCUUCUUCUUCGUUCGCUCUCUGUGUUUGAGCCCAGUUAGCUCGGUAUCGCAUUAUGCUACGGUCGUCACACCGUGCUGUACGAUGCUACGUCGGUGCCGUGGCAGUACAUACUCGUGAUCUUCUUCUUCUUCUUCUACAUUUGUGUGCUCCACGUUACCACUCGCGAGAAGCAGGAAAUCAUCGGCACACGAUUGGUACCUUCGCUGGCAUGCUACGACACGGAAAAUAAUGGGAAAAAACGCCAGCAAGUUGAAGUCGCGUAGAACUCAAAGCAUAGCAUGGAGUUUUCGAUUUCCGUCGAUGGGCACCCUGCAAAAUUUAGGUGCCAGCGGACGGCGCCGAAAGAGAGGAUUUUCUUCUUCGACCUCUUGCAAGGAUCUUCGACGGCAAAGACAUACGAUUCAUCUACAGCCGGAAGUGAUUAUUCAAAAGGAACCGUGCUUGAUCGUGACUCCACCGUCACCAGAGAAUUUCAUUAGGGCUAAUCAAAGAUCGGUGGAGGAAGUCGAAGAAGAGGAGGAGGAAGGAGAAGAAGGGGAGGAGGAGAGCGAUAGAAGGGAGGAUCGCGACGCAUGUCUUCUACAUCGAGAGAUAUCUCUCUCGAAAGGACCCGAGAGCAACAAUAAUUUAAAUCCACCAAUGGAGCAACCGGAAGAAUCGACGCGGAAACUGUUAGAAAGAGAAUUGCGGCUUUUAGAUCCACGUGAUUUACGCUCGCACGCUUGGUAUCAUGGCUGCACGCUCCGAGGUGGUAGGAAAGGUGCUGAAGCAGAAGUACCCAACGACGGUGACUUCCUCGUCAGGGAUUGUGCCUCUCAACCAGGGAACUAUGUUCUAACCGUACGAUGGAAGGGACAGCCGCUUCACUUCGUCAUAAACAGAGUCGUAAUUCAGCCGGAAACGGUCUACGAGAGAGCACAAUACCAGUUCGAGGACGAAGCCUUCGACACGGUCGCCGAUCUGAUAACCUUUUACGUUGGUAGUGGUAGGCCGAUAAGCCAAGCGAGCGGUGCCCGAAUCAUAACUCCGAAGCCAAGAUCGGUGCCACUGACCUGUGUAAGCGGUGGACCUACUGUGAAUCAACAUGGUUCGAGUCCAUCCUCGUCGUCUUUGUCGACCGGUUCACCACCGCGAUUGCCAAGGAAGCAGCAACGUAGCCAUUCCUUAACGGCGCAACAUCACGUACCCGAUCAGCAUGGAGCCAACAGAGAGACUGGAAAUCAGCAAACGAAUGCUCCGAUACAGUCGAGUACGCUACCAAGAAUACCACCGAUACAGAGUCAACCACCUUCGUGUUCGCUGUCAUUGGGUCGUCAAAAAAUUAUCAGAGUGAUCUCGGACCCAGCGCUUCAACAACAGCAACAACAGCUGCAGCAACAACAGCAACAGCAACAACAGUUACACCAACAACAGUUACAUCAACCUUUGAAUCAUCAGAAUACCGUAGCAGGCUCUGCUCCGCCGAAACCACCACGAGUACCAUACGUCGGGAACCAUCAGCAACAUCAUCAUCAUCGCCAUCAUCAUCACCAAGGUUAUCAAGCUUCCGGAAGCGACAGUGGCAACGGAUCGGGGGACAGCGAGUUCGAGACCAAUAACUCGGGCGGUACCAGUCAACCGUCGUCCUCCGCACCCAUCAAAGGUGUGGUCAUACGAAGUCAUUACAAUACCAGUAACGACGGUACAAACGGGAAUAACGGCAACGAGUACGAGCUAAGCGCCGAGGAACAGCUCGUGGUCGCUGCUCCUUCGUUGGAGGUCACGACAGUGCUCGACAUCGAAGGUUUCUCGACUCUUCUAUUACCAGCUGGAGAACAUCGACCUCUCGAUCCGACCGCGCUAAGAGGCGUUUCGGGAAUGUUGCACGAUUCGGCACCCAGGGUCUUAGCGUCGCAUCUCACCAGGAUCGAUCUCGAAGUCGCUCUUCAGCCUGGCUCUGGCAAUCGUAGUGGAUUAAGUGGAAUCGAAUUAGCGACGCUGCCUCACGGUAGACAAGCUAGGAUGGAUCUGAUCGAAAGAUCCGAAUGUUUGAAGCUUCUAGUCGCGGUGACCGUUCUAGCCGGUGCUACGGCAAUCGAGAGAGCGGCGACGAUCAGUAAAUGGAUAAAGGUUGCGAUAGACACCAAAACGGCUUUAGGAAAUCUUUAUGGUUUCUGCGGUGUAAUGCUUGGCUUAUGCCUGCCGCAAAUACAGAGAUUGGCCAAUACGUGGCAUCUUCUCAGGCAGAAGCAUACGGAAGAAGCGUUUAGCUUCGAAGCUAAGCUAAGGCCCACUCUUCGCGCCAUGAAUGAAUGCACCAAUCCUCAAGCACCCAACACGACGUUACCUCAUCUCCUACCAAUCGCUUUGCUCGAGGAACGUGGUCCGGAGGACGUUCUCGGAACCGUAGCACCUUCUGGACUGGCAGCAGCGAUACUCUCGCCUUGGGAAAACUCUGCGCCCGAUUGCGGUCUUUCCAUAGUUUGGUCUCAUCUCGAAGCGGCGCGUAAACUCGCCGAAAGCUUGCCAUUGUUUCGACGAAACGCCGAGAUCGCUUUGGAAGGUUGUAGAAGUGACGAAUUGCUAUCCGAUGCGUUUCGAACGGAGUUUCAUAUAAAGUUUUUAUGGGGUAGUCGGGGUGCCACGGUGGCACCCGAGGAAAGGCAUCUCAAGUUCAGUCAGGUCCUGGACGCAAUGUUCGACAAGUGCUCUGCCAGCGAAGUGUCGGCGUAGAUAAUAUAGAAGAGUUAUACCGAAGCUCUUGUAUUUCGAAGUCUGUAGGAUCUCUUUAGAAAACUUAAAGUUAUCGUCGGAAAAAAAUCAAGGACAUCGAAAUGCGAUGCAAGCAUAUAAGCAAUCAAGCGACGAUUAUGUUCAAUAAAAUUGUUGCGACA